AUCGGGUAUAGAAUGCGUGCGAAUGCGUCGACGCGUAUCGCGCUAUCUCGCUCUUCGUAUCUCGUGUAUAUCACGUUUGUUGAUGCUACUCGCCUCUCUCGCGAUUCUUUUACGGGCGGCAAAAGCGAGACGACGCGCCGGCUUCUCGGCAGGAGGUUUAUCACAUACGCGGACAGACGUUCACACGGGCUCGCGGCCGCGCGUCGUUGGAAGUCUCUAGGGGCAGGAUCGCGGAGGGUCUCUGUGCGCGACACACUCACGGACGAUCGGACGUUGUCAUUUGAAAACGGAAGCCAUCUUGUGGCCGAGGCUCCCAUAUCACACGGGGAAUAAUUGUUCCACGGCUAUUUGUACCGAUAAAUUGCUUCGUAUCUCACCAAAUACGUGUAGACUAUGCAUGAACCAUUUUAUCACACGUUCACAUAGCCAUGGCUGCGACAAGAAAGUUGCAAGGUGAAAUAGAUCGGUGCCUUAAAAAAGUAACGGAAGGUGUGGAAACCUUUGAAGAUAUUUGGCAAAAAGUUCAUAAUGCCACGAACAGUAAUCAGAAGGAAAAGUACGAGGCUGAUCUCAAAAAGGAAAUCAAGAAACUUCAAAGGUUACGCGAUCAAAUUAAGAGCUGGAUCGCGUCGGGUGAAAUAAAGGAUAAGAGCACACUUCUCGAUUAUCGCAAGUUGAUUGAAACUCAAAUGGAAAGAUUUAAAGUUGUAGAAAGAGAGACGAAAACAAAGGCUUAUUCUAAAGAAGGUUUAGGCGCUGCUCAGAAAUUAGACCCAGCUCAGAAAGAGAAAGAUGAGGUUACUAAUUGGCUUGCCAAUUCUAUAGACGCUCUCAAUCUUCAGAUGGAUACAUUUGAGUCGGAAAUAGAAUCGUUACAAGCGGGAAAGAAGAAAAGGAUAGACAAAGAUAAGCAAGAUAGGGUGGACGAAUUGAAGGCAAAGCUCGACAAACACCGCUACCAUAUCCGUAAAUUGGAGACAUUAUUACGUAUGCUUGAUAAUAUGUCUGUCGAAGUCAACACAAUCAAGAGGAUAAAGGAUGAUGUUGAGUAUUAUAUCGAAUCUUCGCAAGAUCCCGAUUUUGAGGAAAACGAAUAUAUUUACGAUGACAUUAUCGGCCUCGAUGAAGUUGAGUUGUCCGGUGUUGGUAUCCCCUCGUCAGCGACAACGGAUAGUAACAACAGUAAUGAAACCGGAGGGACGCCAACAUCAACUAAUUCUUGUACUUCGCCUAUACCAUCACCGUCGUUAAGCUCCACUAUGCAUAAUCAUUCGAGCGAUAGUUCUACAGACAAUGACAAGAAAACCAAGCCUGUGAAACCGACAGCAGUCAGGCCGCUACUGAAUACGCAAGCGAGCAUUCCAACCACGGGAAGCACUGCCACCAUAAAAUCGAACAUGUUAUCGAGCAGCACUCCAAGCAAAACCAUUCCCAUGACACCUAGCCAUAGCUCGCCUAGUUCUACGAGCAAUCACAUUGCCACGACUAAUGCCGGCAAUUUCGCCACCGUAGCUGCCUCGCACAGCAAUUCGCAAGCCAUCCAUUCUACCUCCAACAAAACAUCCACUCACAACAGCGAGAAUAAUAUCUUGUCAACGUCAUCUACGUCCAGCGUUACGUCGAAUGUGCCGCAAACGGUUACGCAACAGCACAAUAAUAAUCCGGCGCCGGUACAGACGACGCACGUAUUGCACAGUCAGCAGAGUCAGAAUCACAAUAGCGAAACCGAAAUGACAACGCCGGUACCGCCAUCUUCGUCUCCGCAGUCGUCGGUCAGCAGUAGAUCCUCGCCGAUGCCCGCAAACUCCUGCUCGCCAGCACCGUCCACUGCCAAUGGUCUCAUCCCUAAGCUUCCCGAUGGAAGCAUGUCCUCUCUAAAAUCCAUUGCCCAACAAGUAAUUGUCCGAGCAGGUCUCGAGAUACCACCCUCCGAGCCGAAUAGAAACAUCUUUGACAGUGCCAAGACGAGCAACAGUAGCAACAAUAAUGCGACGUCGGAAGCACACAUUCCUCCGCUGCUUGGGGUCGCGCCCCUGGGACCUGUACCGUUACAGAAGGAGCACCAGCUGCAGUUCCAGAUGAUGGAAGCCGCCUACUAUCAUAUGCCGCAUCCGUCUGACUCGGAAAGAUUACGUUCGUAUUUGCCGAGAAAUACGUGCACCACUCCACCUUAUUAUCAGCAGGUUCAGCUUCCUCAUUCGGAUACAGUGGAGUUCUUCCAACGCCUUUCUACAGAAACAUUGUUCUUCAUAUUCUAUUAUAUGGAGGGGUCUAAGGGACAGUAUUUAGCAGCAAAGGCUCUGAAAAAACAAAGCUGGAGGUUUCACACAAAGUAUAUGAUGUGGUUCCAAAGGCACGAGGAACCGAAAGUUAUUAACGAAGAAUACGAGCAGGGAACAUACAUCUAUUUUGACUACGAAAAAUGGGGGCAGAGGAAAAAAGAAGGAUUUACUUUCGAAUACAAGUACUUAGAGGACAGAGAUCUGAACUAAAAGUUCUGUCACUCAUUGAGUCUUCGAAAUGUGCCGUUUCUGUACCGGUAUUGUGUUAUCUGAAUAGAAGAUAAUUCCGUUCGGUAUAAAAUCGGUAAAAUUUAAUAUAAAAGAAUCAGUUUAUAAAAAGAACAAAUUCGUAUAUAGAAAAGGCAAUGAAAGCAUUUCAUUACAUUUCGAUGUCGGGACGACAAAAUCUUUCUUAAUCCUUUUUUUUCGAUGAAAGGUCAAACGGAAAAAAAGAGUGAAAAAAAUAAACAAACAGAAAGAUUGUAUGGGAAUUAGACCGUAAUUAAAUGUAAUAAUGAGGAAACCAGGAGGGAGAUUGGAAAGAAAGGGUGAAGAAGAAAGCACUGCAAAAACACACGGAAUGAUUCAGUGUGCUGUGUGAUAACGGAAAAGAAUGAAAGAAAGAGUGCGAGAGAGAGGGAGAGAAAGGACGAUGUACUUGCUGGCGACUGACUCUGUAAUACCAGUACAAACAUGCGUGCGGCCCGUCUGCCGUCUGGCGGUAAGGUGGAGGGGCACUCAUGCUAUGGUACGUCUUAAUGUUAGAUUAUAAGUAGCCUUUUUGUAUAAAGUGUAUCGAGGUAUAAAACCCUUAAAUUGAAUUAAUGUACAGAAUGUGUAGAAAUAGUGAAUAAUAAUAUUAUGGAAUAUAUUUUAUUUCUCAUUUGAAUGAAACCUAAGUUGUUUCGAUUUUUGUCACGCACUAGCACUUCAUCUCAACCUACUACGUUUGGAAGAAAACAUUCCAUCCAUCGUGAUUAGACUCUGCUUUCGAAAUAGGUUACUUAUAUGUGUUCUAACGAUUAAUAAGGCCGGGGCUCGUCGUCGAAGUUUUAACAUUGUACCGCGUAUUAUUAACGGUAGCGUGCUAGGCUAAGCUUUUCAUGCUACACACUUUGCAAUCCUCAGAUUACGAUACUUUACAAGCAUUUAAAAUUUACUAACUCGUCAUGUAAGACGUUAAUCGCUGUCGAGAUGCAUGUGCGUAUCUGUUUUAUCGAGAAUCGCAGAGAGAGAAGUCAUACUGUGCGAAUUUAUUUAUUAUAAACUGUCAGUAUUAAUCGUAGUAAUGCUCUAGUGCAUGCAUUAAUGUACGAAUAAAUUGCUGAUGCUACGUGACAUUGUUAUAAAAUAAAAUUAAGUGACAUUGCGUAAUGCUUUUCAUAAUCUGGAAAGCCACAAAGAAAAAAGAAAGAUACCUAUCGGUACGUUUACUCUUUUACCUUCAAAUCUAGAAUGAUAAUAGUUGUCAUUUUUUUUAUAAUACUUCGUAACAGAUUUUUAUUAGCAUUAUUAACCAUGCUGUAAGGAUAGAUUGGCAUUUAAAGUAAAUAAUCUCGCACAGGAUUGCACCGGCAGAUCAAAGCGGCUCCUAUUUUAUGGGUGCGUCGUUCAUUAUCGUAAAAGCCUUCGACAACGAGAUUAGAUAUACAUCCCCCUUCCCUAGUAAUAAAAACUAAGUUGAGAUUCUCAUACAAUUAUUUAGCGGGUUAGAGAGACGAAAUUUAAUUACCGAAUAAAGCGUAGCGUAUACAUGUAUUCUAAGCAGAUACUCUUGUUGCAGAGAUUGCGGCGAUCUCGAUAUUAUUUGCAUAACGGAAUCGCACGAUCACGCAUUCUUCAAAUUUAUUUUAAAUUAAUCGAAGAGACUAAAAAUUAUAAAUCUGUAAAAAAAAGAACAGUGAAACACACAUUGCGGUAAAUGUUUUACAAGAUUUACAGUAUACGAUUGUACGAAUUUCUUCUUAAUCUCUGCAAGAGAUCGGCACGAUUCCGAAUUUUGACCGCGUUCAAAACAUUUAUGUGUGACGCAGACUUUUCUUGCUUGCACACAAGAUUUAACAAGCUUGCAUCGCAUUGAUAAUAAUCGAGUUAAAUGCGUGAUGAAUACCGCAGUUUGAAGUUGCAGCAUUUUCAACUAGCGCUUUUUGCAAAUGACAAGAAAACAUUGGCAGAACACCGAAAAAUAUUCUCCGAAUGUACAUUUAUAUUUGUUGUAAUCUACGCGAUACGCGAUUAUGUGCGCCGUUAAGAGGUUUAAAAAAAUUUACGAAAAAUAAUGAGGAUCUGUUGCCACUUUAUACAAUUAAUAAUCUAGCGAUUAGAGGACGCAUCGUAGUUGUAAAUUCAAAGGAACGCUUACCGUGUUUCUUGUACCGUAUUUUGUACUACAAAAACUUGUACAAUCGAUUACUGAUUUUCUAUAGAGGUUUGACGAAAACAAUCAAUUAUCAAUUUUACAGUAGCGUAAAAGUUGUACAUAUGACGAUCGUUAUAACACUCGUUAUAACAUUUUUCUGCUAUAGGGACGAACGUGCUUUCCUUUGUCUGCAUUUCUUCUCGUAAACGGGAUAUUCUGCUUAUGUGAUAACACUCAAAUAGAAGCGUGCAAGAAAAGAAGACCUUCGUUUGUUAUAUAAUAACAAAUUUUGUCUUCGAUGCUUCAAAUUAAUUUUCCCUCUAACGCGUUCCCCGCAAAUGAUAAAGAAAUUGUGAUUUUACUUAAUAAUAUAUUUUAUUGUGAUUAUUUGAGUGAUAUUUAAAUACCAUACUGCUUUGUGCAAAGACUUCAAGUCGUUAAAAUACAAUACUAAUUUCUUCAA